GAGCAGCUCUGUGCUCGAGGACCUGCUGCGCUGCCGUCUUUGUGUUGACAUCGCCGCGGCAUUGAAAGUGUUUGAAUGGAUAUUACCAGGUGCCCGGAGAAAUGGGUAAAACAAGACAAGGAGAGGCCUCCGACUUCCUCCAUAAUGCUGUCCAGUAAAAAGUCCGAUGCGGGCUCUUCCUCCUCCUCCUCUUCAUCGUCUAUUGGAGCAGCGGGAGGGGAAAGAGCCCCAGGUCCUGAUGCCCAGACCGGCACCUCAGCGUCGGCUGCAGGAGCUCUGGAUUCUAAGAAGAAAGAGAGGUCUUCCCCCAGCGGGGAACCUGGCGGUGCCCCCCUGCCUCAUCCGUCAGGCCCUGGGGGGAUGGACCAGGACUCGGCUGAAGUUCGCAGAACUAGUCGGCGGAAGCGAGCAAAACAGGUGGAGUACCGCGAGAUGGACGAAAGCCUCGCCAAUCUAUCGGAAGACGAGUACUACUCUGAGGAGGAGAGGAACGCCAAGGCGGAAAAGGAAAGGAAGCAGGUCAUUCCUCCUCCGGCUCCACCUGUAGAAGAGGAGAACGACAGUGAACCAGAGGAACCAUCUGGUGUGGAAGGAGCCGCUUUCCAGAGCCGGCUUCCUCACGACCGCAUGACAUCCCAGGAAGCCGCCUGCUUUCCUGACAUCAUCAGUGGACCCCAGCAGACCCAGAAGGUUUUCCUGUACAUCCGAAACCGCACCCUCCAACUGUGGCUGGACAACCCGAAAAUCCAGCUCACCUUCGAGGCCACAGCACAGCAGCUUGAAGCUCCAUAUAACAGUGACGCCGUGUUGGUUCACAGGAUACACAGCUACUUGGAGAGACAUGGUCUCAUUAACUUUGGCAUCUACAAGAGGGUCAAGCCUUUACCCACAAAGAAAACCGGCAAAGUAAUAGUGAUCGGUGGAGGCGUGUCCGGCCUCGCUGCAGCCAGGCAGCUGCAGAGUUUUGGGAUGGAUGUUACAGUACUGGAAGCCAGGGAUCGCGUUGGUGGCAGAGUGGCUACUUUCAGGAAAGGGAACUACGUUGCUGAUCUGGGAGCCAUGGUUGUUACAGGACUGGGAGGGAAUCCGAUGGCGGUGGUCAGCAAGCAGGUGAACAUGGAGCUGGCGAAGAUCAAACAGAAAUGUCCGCUCUAUGAAGCCAAUGGCCAAGCCGUGAGUGGUGAACGGUGCACGAGUGUGCCAAAAGAAAAGGACGAGAUGGUGGAGCAGGAGUUCAACCGGCUGCUGGAGGCCACCUCGUACCUCAGCCACCAACUGGACUUCAACUUCCUCAAUAACAAGCCCGUGUCUCUGGGUCAGGCCCUGGAGGUGGUCAUACAGCUGCAGGAGAAGCACGUAAAAGACGAGCAGAUAGAACACUGGAAAAAGAUCGUCAAGACUCAGGAAGACCUCCGGGAUCUUCUCAACAAGAUGGUGACUACAAAGGAGCGCGUGAAGGAGCUCCACCAGCAGUACAAAGAGGCGAGCGAAGUGAAGCCUCCCAGAGACAUCACGGCCGAGUUCCUGGUGAAGAGCAAGCACCGCGACCUCACGGCCCUCUGCAAGGAGUACGACGAGCUGGUGGAGAUGCAGGUGAAGCUGGAGGAGAAGCUCCAGGAGCUGGAGGCCAAUCCGCCCAGCGAUGUUUACCUGUCAUCCCGGGAUCGGCAGAUCCUGGACUGGCACUUCGCCAACUUGGAGUUUGCCAACGCCACGCCCCUCUCCACCCUCUCUCUAAAGCACUGGGAUCAGGAUGAUGACUUCGAGUUCACCGGCAGCCACCUGACUGUAAGAAAUGGUUAUUCGUGUGUUCCCGUGGCGCUGGCUGAGGGGCUGGACAUCAAACUGAAUACGGCGGUGCGGCAGGUCCGAUACACGGCGUCUGGCUGUGAGGUGAUCGCCGUGAACACUCGCUCCACGACGCAGACCUUCAUAUACAAGUGCGACGCGGUGCUGUGCACGCUGCCCCUCGGCGUGCUGAAGCAGCAGCCGCCCGCCGUCCAGUUCGUCCCGCCGCUGCCGGAGUGGAAGACGUCGGCCAUCCAGAGGAUGGGCUUCGGCAACCUCAACAAGGUGGUGCUGUGUUUCGACCGGGUGUUCUGGGAUCCCAGCGUCAACCUGUUCGGUCACGUCGGCUCCACCACGGCGAGCCGGGGCGAGCUCUUCCUCUUCUGGAACCUCUACAAAGCCCCGAUCCUCCUGGCUCUGAUGGCCGGCGAGGCCGCCGGCAUCAUGGAGAACAUCAGCGACGACGUUAUCGUCGGACGCUGCCUGGCCAUCCUCAAGGGAAUAUUUGGGAGUAGCGCCGUGCCGCAGCCGAAGGAAACUGUGGUCACCCGCUGGCGCGCCGACCCGUGGGCGAGGGGCUCGUACUCGUACGUGGCGGCAGGCUCCUCGGGGAACGACUACGACCUCAUGGCGCAGCCCAUCACGCCGGGCCCGGCCAUACCGGGAGCCUCUCAGCCCGUGCCUCGUCUCUUCUUCGCCGGCGAACACACCAUCAGGAACUACCCCGCCACCGUCCACGGCGCGCUGCUCAGCGGCCUCCGCGAGGCCGGGCGCAUCGCCGACCAGUUCCUGGGCGCCAUGUACACGCUGCCCCGGCAGGCCACGCCCACGGCCGCCGCCACCACCAACCCGCAGCAGGCCCAGCCCACCGCCAGCGUCUGAACCACAGCGACCCACCACAGCAGCGGGAGUCCCACAAACUACAUGAACUUCUUGCCUUCGGACUGAACUUGCAGCUGUAGAUGGAAAUUGGAACCGAGGUUGUUUCACUGGAACGCUUUAGGCCUUCGGACUUAGUUGGGGACGCAACUUCCUACGGAGACUCGGCCGCCAUCAGACUUAUCAUGUCCUGUCGUAAUGAUCCAUAUUGAUGAGUGUGUGAUCUCUCAAGCUCUAGGAAUGAAGUGCUGAUGGCAUACUUUUCUCAAUAUACACCAGAUAUCACAUGUGGCAGCUGACCGACCCGAUAGCAGUUUAAAUCCUCUCAGACCGCCGCUUUCCCGAUGAAAUCUCCAGAGGUCUUGUCUCGUUUGUCUUAAAGGGUAAAGUAUUGCUAUUUUCAGUAGCCGUAUGCCUUUUACUUCUUCUUUCUGUCAAUUAGAUUGCGGAGUGUAUUGAAAAACAGCUGGAAAGCU